AUGUCAUCGAUUGCAAAGACUGUCAUCGCGACAGGCGCCUCGUCGGGAUUGGGAUUUGAAGUAAUCAAGCAGUUACUCCAGCAGGCACAGCCAUACAGCUUCAUCCUGGGCGUUCGUGAUACAGAGAUGACGCGUGUUGCGUACGAUGACCUGAAAUUUGACACUUCAAAGCACAAGGUCUCUAUCUUGCCCCUAGAUCUUUUGAACCUCAAGAGCGUGCAGUCGUUUGCGAAGCAAGCACUCUCUGAAUUGGGUCAAAGACCAUUGAACAAUCUUUUCCUCAUUGCGGGCCUCGCCACCAGCGCCGAUGGACCGGGACCUCAUGGCUCAAAAUGGUGCGAAUCUUACGUAGUAAAUCAUCUAGCUCAGCAUUAUCUGACUCACCAAUUUGCUGAGGUACUAUCUGCCUCGCAAUCCCGUAUCGUCGUUGUAUCUUCGGGUGCAAUUCGUAAUGUGAGAGAAGGCGAUCCAAGCACUCUUGAUGUCGACCUUAAAGCAAACUCAGGCGCGAGCGCAAAAGUAGUGUACAGCGCAUCGAAAUUCACCCAGCUUCUCGGUGCACACUACUGGCGCCGUAGCCUCCCAGAUUGCUCAGUCGUAGCCGUCUCGCCGGGUCUCAUCCCGAACACUAAACUUGCUCGGCAUUCAGGCCUAAAAUUGACCAUGGACAUGCCCGAUGCCAAGACUGUGCCAGAGGGUGCCCAAAGUAUCCUGCGCGCAGUCACAGCCGAGAAUCUCCCCGCUGAUCCAGAACAGAUUUUCUUGACCAGCUGGGGUGAAUGGUGGCCCAAGGAUGUCUAUGCAUCGAGUCUUGAUCCUGUGUUACAGGAUAAGUGGUGUUUGAGCAAGGAGGACAUUGAGAAGUCCGAGCCGGUAUUCCAGGAAUAA